AUGUUUCAGGAGGUAACAAUUCCUUGUGGAAAAUAUGAUUUCAAUCCAGAAACAAAGAAAGUAGCUAUUGUAAAAGCAAAAGGAUUAUUAACUUUAUGUUUGAAUGAAGAAAAUGAAUUGUAGUUGAAAUGGUAUAAUUUGGAUUAAGAUAGUAAAUUAGAAAUUGUAUUAAUUUAUAUUAAAUAAAUAAGGAAAGAUUCUUGAUUAAAGGAUUUACAUUUUUUGAAAAAGUUAAAGGUUAAAACAGAGUAUAUCUUCUUAGAUUUACAGAUGAUGAUUAAAAAUAUUUUUUUUGGAUGCAAGUAAUCAUUAAUAUAAUCUAUUUAAAAUUAGUCUGAAGAUUCAAGUUUGGAUGAAAACUAUUGUAAACAAUUUAACAAUGUUAUAAAUGCUUAAGUAUUAGAUGAUCCUAUUGAAAUUGAAUAAUAACCUCCAGUUCAAACUCAAACAUAAUUACAUUCACAACCUGUACAAUAAUAAAUGGAUUAAUAAUAAUAAUAACUUUUACAAUUACUCCAAUAAUAAUUGGCAUAGAAAGUUGGUCCAGGACUUUCAUUGACUGAUCUUCUUAGUAGUGAAUUUUUAACAUAAAUUUCAAAUGAUUAAGAAUAUUUUGACGCUUUAAAAGAGUAAUUUAUAUUUUUAUUUUAGAUAUUUACCUUCUGAUUAAUAAAAUCUUGAAUAAUUUAGACAAAAUUUAUUGAGUCCUUAAUUUAAAUAGGCAUUAGAUUAAUUGACUCAUGCUUUAAAGGGUAGAGAAAGGAGUUCUGUUAUUUAAUAAUUAGAUUUGGAUUACAGAGUGUUAGAAUAAGAAUUUGAUGGAGUGAUAGCUUUUGUUAAAGCAAUUAUUAGAAAGGCUUAAAAUAAAAAUUGA